CAGCCCCCCGGGCCUGGAAUGGUGGGGAAUGAUCCGUGCGCUGGGAGGCUGGUGAUUGGGGGCUGGGUGUGAGGUGUGUGUCUGCCCCUCUGCCGGCCUUCUCCCCUCUCUCCUCCCACUUCCUGUGUCCUCCUCACCCUCCCCACCAUUCCCAGGCCCGGGCAGCAGAGACAAAAGGACGGACACCCCGAGCCGGGCCGCCCCGAGCGCUGGAGGCAGCAUGUCUGAGCGAGGGUCAUGAUGCCGCGGUGCUCUGCCAGUGGCUGCAGGAAUGGCUCAGAGAGGGUGGGCAGCGCAGUCACUUUCUACCCCUUCCCGGCACAGGCGGAGGCUGCGGAGCGAUGGGCCGGUCUGUGCGGAGCCUCCGGACAGGAGCGCACUCAGCUCCAGAGGGAUAUAGAGCAGGGCAGCUCGGGGAAGUACUUCGUCUGCUCUCUGCACUUUGAGGAUGAUGCUUUAGAGAGGAGCCCGGCGGGGGAGUGCAGGCUGCGGCAGGGAGCAGAGCCCACUCUCUUUCCAUGUAGCCCACAGGACAAGGCCCUGGAGGACGAAGCUCAGGCUGAUGGCGUGUUACCGGGGCCCCAGGGGAAGCAGACCCCGUCCUCGGCAGCUUCACACUCCCCUAGUAGCCGCUCCGUCUCCCAGACCUCUAGGACUACACAGGUCCUGGACACAGAGGAGUCUCCAGGAACCAGAGUCUCCUGUGCCGAGCACGGGACACGUGUGUCUGAGUGCCCCCCCGCAGUGCACCACCUCCAGUCUGGGGCCAGCCAGAUUGUUCUCAACUUCCGGGAGCAGAGUAAUGGGCUGACUGUGGACAGUAUGCCAGAGAGGACUGUCUCCCAGUGCCACGAGGGAUGCCACAGCUUGCAGAGAGUGGUCCAGCAGAUCGUUCUCCUCUUCUUGGAUCGCCCAUGUGAGUCAGCUAAGCAAACAUCUCAGGGUCCUCCACUUACCGUGAGCUCCAAAACCCAGACGGAGGGCACCAGGCAACAUGGAAAGUCCCAUUAUCCACCAUCUCCGUCAGAGACACCAGUCCUAUCCCAAACAUGUGAAGAACCUGUGCGGACAAUGUGCUCCAGCACCCACACGGAGUGUCCUAGCAGGCCUGAAGGACUUAACCAUCCACCAUCUCACCCACAAGUCCCAUACACGUCACGCCCAGAACCUGUGCACACGGUGACCUCCAGCAAUCAGGGAGAUGGGACCAGGAGAUGUCUGGAGGUCAACUACCGAUCCCCAAACAUGGAGAUACAAAUGUCUCCACAGCUCUGUGUGAACUCUGAGAGAAGUGAUGACUCUGCCACCCCAUCCAGGGUGAUGGACAGUCCAGGGACACUUGCCCAGUCACCCACUGACUUACUGAUCCACCAACCAUCUGACCCAGAACCACAAGCACUGCUGUCAUGUCAGGAGCCUACGCAGACCAGAAGCUCCAGUACCCAGACUGAGGCCACCACACAACACGUGGGCCAAAGUCACCUCCCGCCCACCGCAGAAAACCAGCUCCCUCUCAAAUCCUUCCAGUGCUCUAGUACCCAGACUGAGCCGCCUGAGGAGUCCUCCCAUGACUCAGACGGUGGAACCCGGCACAGAUCGCAUACGGAAUACACCCUGACCCUGGACUCCUGGACUCAGACUCAGAAGACGGAUGGACACGGACCAGGACAUGUCAGGGAAUGUGACGUGACACCUGAGCGCCCUCCGUACAGCUACAACCAGCGGCCCUGCGGCAUCUCCUGCCUGACACCAGCUCUGACCCAGUACGUGGGUAAUCUACUAGAGCACCACAAGGUGUCACUGCAGGACUCUGGGCUUCAUCCAUGUAUUCCACCCUCCUCUGCCUCCCCGUGUCCGCCCCAGCACCGCGUCCGACAGAUUGUCCUGAAUUUUCUGGAACAAGACUGCAGACCAGUGACUCAGGAUGUCCCCUUUGCAGCCACUUGCAACGAUCUGUCAUCUCCUGAUUUUCCAGCGCACCAGCACCAGGAAACACAGACCAGUGAGGAGCUUCUGCAGCCGCUCAAUACACCCAAAGAAAAGCCUGGAAGACCCUUCUUUCGUCCUCGGAGACCCUCGCAGAGCCGUAGCUGCCCCCCGUCACUGACUGGCUGUGUGACGCCACCACUACCCCAGCAGGAAGAAAGCCGCCUCCGUACCGCUAUCAGGGAUGAGUCUGUGCCGCAGCCGCGCCGCGAGGCAUGGGAUGGCAAGGUCACCUUUCAGGACAUUGUCAUCUAUUUCUGUAAGGAGGAGUGGCAGCUGCUGCGCAUCCAUCAGAGGGCGCUGUACCGGGAGGUGAUGUCUGACAAUUACCGGUCUCUGCUGUCUCUGGGGCUCCUGGUGGAGAAACCUGACCUCAUGGCGCGGAUUGAACGGCAGGAGGAAGACCUCUGGGAGGACGAGACUGCAGACAGGAGACUGCGGCAUCAGGCUGCGGAGUACGGGUGUUUCCCAGACCUGGGUACAGGUGGUGCCCGCUUCCUAGAUAACGAUGGGACCACCGCUAAUCCAGGGAGAGCGUCCGUGGAGAGUAGUAGUCACCUUGGCGCCUUGAUGCGGCUGGUGAGUGAGAUCCCCGGCUUCCUGUUGGGCGGCUCGGUGGCAGAUGGAGGCUUUUCUCCUGCCCGCAGUCUGGAGGACCAUGAGAACAUCGGACCGUGCUCAGUUAAAACAGAGGAAAGUUCCCCGGCCUGUACUCCAGCUUCUGCCCACGCUCCUCAUCCAGUAGUGACCCCGGAAAGCGCCGCUAGCCCAGGGCUCCCCAGAGACACGGAGGAGAGACACCGCAAGGUCACCGUCAAAGUAGAAGAACAGGUGGUUGUAACUCCUACAUCCAGACAUGGCGCCCCCUUCUGUCAGCCUAGCGUAUUGCCUUUAUGUAUCAAGAGAGACCCUGGAACCAGCGCCGAAUGUGUACAGGGGAAGCCGCAGAUUAAACAAGAGGAUGUUCCUGCGGCCGCCAGUUCUGCUCACAGCUUCAUUGUCCAACAGAGGCCCAGAAUCUCCCACCUCCCAACUAGCUCCGGACCCCGUCACCCCCACCCUCCAGACAACGGCAGGAGACCCAGCUCCAGAGGUGGAACAAGUGCUUGGGCAGCUGUUCCCCUGAAUCGCUCAACUGGAUCCUCACCCCGGAACCCCAGCGUCUCGCCAGCAUCUCUCUGUGAUGGAACUAGCAGCGCUGAAUUGGGCGACUUAAAAAUUAAAAUUAAACAAGAGGAUUCUGGGAGUGAGCGAGAGUCGCCGUGCGGUGGGAAGAGAGUGUAUAACAGUCCGAUGUCGUCACCUUCUGCCGUCCGGCAGCCGGAGAGAGAUCACUGGAGGCCGGGGUCUUCUCCCAGGAAGUCGCCGGCAGAUAACAUACCGCUGGGAGCCUCUCCCCUGCACAGACUGGUGACCUGCCUGAAGGAGAUCAGCGCUGGGCACCCACGUGCGCAUAACACUGCGAUCACACCCGCGUCCUGGGGGACAGACGCCAACCGAAUCUGUACAGAAGCCCCUGUCAGAGUGAGUGGACCUCUGGGGUCCUGGGGGCCUGAGAUCCCGGCCACCAAGCCCAAUCCUUUCACAGUGGCGGUCACCAAUGGAGCUGGGUGGCUGAAGAGCAGAGAGACGAAGACCCUGGAGAGUCGGAGCACAAGGCUGAGCAGAGAUGAGACCAAGCUGGACAGAUUUCGCACUCAUGUCCCCAGUGGGCAGAACAUGGGCAGUGGAUUCCAGAGGAGUGAAGAAUCCCGCAGGCCAGAACUGGGAGUGAAGAGAACGCACUCUGAUGAUCUGUCCCGUCUGCCGGGUGUAAUGAGCGGAGCAAAGAGGCCGGCCGUGGAGACCUCCUCCAGCUCUUCCCGUGCUGCCAGCAGCUGCUCCCCCAGCCGCUAUGACACGUGGAGGCCACCAGGGGAGCUGCAGAGAGCCCUCACAAAUGAUCAGCCAAUCGGAAAGUCCCAUCUGAUGAGCGUGAUGGACUGCGUGAGGAAGAUCCCCGGCUGUCGGCCCAACCCUCCCUUACGUGUCCCAGGAUCAGACCUUAGCCGGACCCCUGCGCAAGGCAGCGGUACAGAGGGGAAGCUGGUAGCGGUGAAAGAGGAAAAGGUCCCGAGCCCCCACCUGCCGGCCGCCAGUCAGUGGUUACAGCCGCCACGUAACCCCGACACCCCAGAGCAAUCAGGAACUGCAGCCACAAAUGUCCAUCUGACUGGGCUGAUGAGGCUCAUGGAGGAGAUCCCAUGUGCGGAAUCCAGUAGCUCUUCCAGGACCAUGUACAGUAUUGCCGUGGGACACACUGCGGGGGCCAGGAGACCUGAGAGACCCAAUUACUGUAACGAUGACGGCAGUUUCCAGUCGGAGCUGAAUGAGAAUACCAUUGCCUCGGUGGAUUCUGUUUUCAGUGAUGACACAAGCUGGUCAUCGGAGAAUGUGGACCCUUCCUACUCGGCCAUCGGUGGGCUGCAGAAGGUGGUGAGUGAGUUUGCAGAACUUGGGUCGGUAAGUCCUCUAGUGGCGGUCACUGCCCCUCCAGUCAGCGCCAGUAUCCAAGAGGCGUAUGCACAGAAGAAGAGCAAGGAGCCAGUAACGACUAUCUCCGCAGCUCCUGUUUCUCAUCCCAGUGAGGGCGUCAGGCGAUCUGUGGGUGGUGCGCCAGGGAGUGCCGCGAGCACCUGUUCCGCUGAGAAUGGAGCUGCAGCCUAUGCGGCUCUUUGCGGCUUGCAGAAAGUGGUCCAUGGAUUUGUAGAACAGGAAUGUGUGAGUCCUAUUUCUGCAGUCAGGAACAACCCACCCAACGCCAGCCUGCGAGACUGUUCAGGAAAGAGACCGACGUAUCCAGAGGAAGAAGCUGAGUCUCCCUGUCUUCAGGAAUUCUCCCCAGCACUGACCAGUCGCUUUCUGUGUGACAGUGGGAACUGGAUGUCUGAAACUGACUCCUCAUACUCUGCCCUUAGUGGACUCCAGAAAGUGGUGAAUGGCUUCUCGGAGAUGAGUUGCGUCAGCCCAUUCUCUGCUGUCAGUACUACCGCCAGUGAGCCACCGGCACAGGAUUCAUCAUACUCUACCCCCAGUGGGCUGAAGAAAGUGGUUAAUGGGGUCCCUGACAUUAGUUGUAUAAGCCCAGUUACUGUGGCCAGUAACCUGUCCAGCGAGGGUGAGCCGGAUCCUAGUGUAAAGAGAAGAUGUGACCGAGAAAACGUGUCCCGGAAAUACGCGUCCGAAAGGCAGAGCCACUCCUCUAACGCCGUACCUACCCAUGACGACUCUGGACACUCACAUGAUUCAUACUGUAGCCCCCGGAAGACUCCUGGUUCCAGCAGUCACUGCAUUGAUCUAACGCAGGAGGAGGAGCCACACUGUGGUAAAUCCAGAUCGUCUACGCAGGAAGGCCAGAGGAAGCGGAAGAUGGGGGAAGAAUUACCCAGCAGCCAGUCGCUAAACACAUUCCAUAACAGAGCCAGCGGCGUGACCUCCAGCGGCCAGGUCUCUAGCAUCCGAACCACCAGUGCCCAGGUCUCUAUCGGACCGACCUCCAGCGCCCAGAUCUCCAGCGCCCGAACCUCCAGUGCCCAGGUUUCCAGCGUCCGAACCUCCAGUGCCCAGGUCUCUAUCGGACCGACCUCCAGUGCCCAGGUCUCUAUCGGACCGACCUCCAGUGCCCAGGUCUCCAACAGCCGGGCCUCCAGUGCCCAGGUCUCCAGCAGCCGGGCCUCCAGUGCCCAGGUCUCCAGCAGCCGGGCCUUCAGCACCCAGGUCUCCAGCAGCCGGGCCUCCAGUGGCCAGUGCAUUGAUCUGACUGAGGAGGAGGAAAUGCUGACUAACCCCAAGGCACUGAGCGCAGGAGUCCCCGGAACAUCCUCUCAUUCAGACAGCCCACAGAAACGGUCUCUUGCUGAGAGGAAGCACAGACCCUGCAUCGACCUAACACAGGCGCAGAGACUCCGCAUGGACAAAGCGCAGGAUCCGUGGCCCCCGGGCCCUAACAGAGGGGGAGUACCUGUGGUCAAUGAGCAUCUGAGUGGUUUGGAGAAGCUUCUGAAAGGAGUGCCGACAUUUACCCCGACUAACCACGCCAGUGCACAGAAGUGGAACGGGAGCUGGUGGUUCAGAAGCACGUCGCCUCAUGCAGAAACUUGAAGAUUCCGCCGUUACCAGAAUGACCAGGAAUUGGGAAGAGGGAGCGGUGCGCGUGGUUUUGUGGCUGAUGGAAGCAUUUUAUGGAAUAGCGGAUUGGAGGGUAAUAUCCGGAACCUCGUAUUAUGCCGCAGCCACGGGGGAACCUGAGGGAACUCUGAGACUGAGAGGGGUUUACAGUCACACACAAACAAUAAUCUGGUUAUCGACGCUGAGAAGUCUUACACCAGGCUCCGGCUUACCAGUGGUCCAACCACAGCAGAUGUCCAGAUGGGAGUCCUCAACAGCGGUGUCCAUUCAGCUGGGGGCGCUGCGAUCUGCACAGUAUCAGCAUUACUUUCAUACUGGGGGAGUUACGCAUGACACACAGCCCGUGCAGCUGUGAUUGGUAGAGGUCUGGCGGUAUCAGACGGCUUUGGAGGGAUCGGGGCCUGGUAUGGCUGAUCCGCACCGCGCACACCUCCGCAGCGGCGUGCACAGAAGGACGUGACAUGUGACGGGAGCUGUGAAGGCGACUCUCUCACUUCCAUCCCUCCACGGGACACCAGACUGCGCACUGACCGGACUAUUCCUGCAGAUGGCGCUGUGCGGGCAUGGAAUAUCGCAAGCUGCGAGGCGGGCGCUGGACUCUACGUGGCGUCGGCUGGGCACCCCGCUGCCACUCGGCCUCAGAACUGUUACACAUAUCUCUCUAUUUUUCUACCAGUCACUUUAUGUACAUAUAUAAUAUUAUUGUAUCUGCAGCCUUAUGUUGUGUUACAUCUGACCAGGAUACAGGGUGUAUUAUACAGAGUUAUAUACAGAGGGCAUUAAUAUCUUCUGCUUGACAGGUGUUUUUUAUAUAUUUUUUUUCCAUGUUUUUCUCCAUAUGUUUUUUUAUAUACAGAGGAAUAAAUCCCAGAUUCUGCCCCCUCUAGGGCACAGUGAGAAGCUAUCUGCCCCGAGCGUUAUUAUGGAAGCUGAUUGUACACAAUCAUAUAGAAAUAAACAUGUACUACCUCA